AUGGCAAUACUGUUGGUACACUUGCGCCGCAUUCUGCUGCUGAUCACGGUCGUCUAUCUGGCCGGUGAGCUGGGCAAUCGGCUGCUGCAUGGCGGUGGUAUGGCGACCGGUCGCAUCGAGCGCUAUCGGGGUGAUGUCCUAGUGCGCAAAGCGCAUCGACUGCAUGUGCAACCGUGGGCCUACAUCUACACGAUGUAUCUGUACGCGCUGCUACUGAACGGUGGUGCUUGGAACGAACGGAAUCUGUUUGACAAUUUCUUCCGAUAA